AUGGGGUCUUCCUUCAGUUGCUGCAGCUCUGAAAAAGUUGAACAAGGGUUGAGUGUAGGAGGAGGAGGAGGAGGAGAGAAUAGCAGCAGCAGCAGCAAAUCAUGGAGAAUAUUCACGUACAAGGAACUGCAUGCUGCUACCAAUGGAUUCUGUGAUGAUUACAAGCUUGGUGAAGGUGGCUUUGGCAGUGUUUAUUGGGGCAAAACUUCCGACGGCCUCCAGAUAGCAGUGAAGAAAUUGAAGUCGAUGAACUCGAAGGCAGAAAUGGAGUUUGCGGUGGAAGUAGAAGUACUCGGUAGGGUGAAGCACAAGAAUCUGUUAGGGCUGAGAGGCUAUUGUGCCGGAAACGACCAACGCCUCAUAGUCUACGAUUACAUGCCCAAUCUCAGCUUGCUUUCUCAUUUACACGGCCAAUUCGCCGGCCAAGUUCAUCUUGAUUGGACCAAACGGAUGAAUAUUGCACUCGGCUCCGCACAAGGCUUAUUAUAUAUACUAAUUAGGUACUUGCACCAUGAAGUGACACCCCACAUAAUACAUAGAGACAUCAAAGCAAGCAAUGUCCUUCUAGACUCGAAUUUCGAGCCAUUGGUAGCCGAUUUUGGUUUCGCAAAACUAAUACCCGAAGGCGUUAGCCACAUGACCACACGGGUCAAGGGCACUUUAGGGUAUUUAGCACCCGAAUACGCAAUGUGGGGGAAAGUCUCCGAGAGCUGCGACGUGUACAGCUUUGGGAUCCUCCUUCUAGAGAUCGUCACUGGCCGAAAACCCAUCGAGAAACUCCCGGGCGGGCUAAAACGGACCAUCACCGAAUGGGCGGAGCCCCACAUAACGCGCGGGCGGGUCAAGGAUCUAGCGGACCCGAAGCUCCGGGGGAAUUUCGACGAGAGGCAGUUGAUGGAGGCGGUGAAUGUGGCGGCAUUGUGCGUGCAGAGCGAGGCGGAGAAACGGCCGACUAUGAGGGAAGUGGUCGGGCUUCUUAAGGGGGGAGAUUAUCUGGUUAACGGUGGUGCUAAAUCGGGAUUAAGUAUGAGGAUUAAGAGUGUUAAGUAUGGUGAGGAUUUAAUGGCACUUGAUCAAGAAAGUGAUGAUGAUGAUGAUGGAAAGAGUGUUUAUGGUGUGUUUGGUGCUUUGGAGACACAAAAAAUGCAAGAUUCUUACAGGGGUUAUGGGGAUAGGAGGUGAGUGUGUGAAAAAUGUGUUUUGUGAGUUUUUAUUUUUUUGUGUUUUUUAUUUAAUUA